CCGCCGGGGACCGGGCCGCGCCCACCGCCGGGUCCGCGGGGCGGGGUCCCCGGGGCAGCACCUGCCCCGCCUUGCGGAGCCGCCUCGCCCGGCGGAGACCCCUCCCUGUCUGGCCCCUGGCCCCACCUCCGGAUUCUUAUCACUUCAUCUCCUUGUGGGACCUACCCUGACUGCCUUUGCCUCCUUUCUUGGAAACUGGUGUCUGGACAGAAGUGACCUAAAGCCUCGUGUAAAUGCCCUAGGGGUGUGCUGUUGGGAGGGGCACAGCCCCCUGUGAUGUGGAACACCACGCUCAGAUUCAUCAGUUCAGGUUGCCUGACGCCUUGCCUCCCCUCGGACCAUGUUUAACGGGGAGCCGGGUCCGGCCUCGGCCGCGGCCUCCAGGAAUGUGGUCCGGAGCUCCAGCAUCAGCGGUGAAAUCUGUGGCUCCCAGCAGGCUGGGGGUGGCCCCGGGACCACCACAGCCAAGAAGCGGCGCAGCAGCCUUGGAGCGAAGAUGGUGGCCAUCGUGGGCCUGACCCAGUGGAGCAAGAGCACACUCCAGCUCCCCCAGUCCGAAGGGGCCACCAAGAAGCUGCGCAGCAACAUCCGGCGGAGCACAGAGACAGGAAUCGCAGUGGAGAUGCGGAGUCGGGUCACACGCCAGGGAAGCCGGGAGUCCACGGAUGGGAGCACCAACAGCAACAGCUCCGAGGGCACGUUCAUUUUCCCCACCACUCGGCUUGGGGCUGAAAGCCAGUUCAGCGAUUUCCUGGAUGGCCUGGGACCAGCCCAGAUCGUGGGGCGACAGACAUUGGCAACGCCACCAAUGGGGGACGUGCACAUUGCCAUCAUGGACCGGAGUGGCCAGCUGGAGGUGGAAGUGAUUGAGGCUCGGGGCCUGACCCCCAAACCAGGCUCCAAGUCCCUCCCAGCCACCUAUAUCAAGGUUUACCUGCUUGAGAAUGGGGCCUGCUUGGCCAAAAAGAAGACAAAGGUGGCCAAGAAGACCUGUGACCCCCUGUACCAGCAGGCUCUGCUCUUUGAUGAGGGGCCCCAGGGCAAGGUGCUGCAGGUGAUCGUCUGGGGAGACUACGGCCGCAUGGACCACAAGUGCUUCAUGGGCAUGGCCCAGAUCAUGCUGGACGAGCUGGACCUGACUGCCGCGGUCACUGGCUGGUACAAACUCUUCCCCACGUCCUCAGUGGCAGACUCUACGCUUGGAUCCCUCACCAGGCGCCUGUCCCAGUCCUCCCUGGAGAGUGCCACCAGCCCCUCGUGCUCCUAAGGACCUCCGGACCAGGCCGGGAUGUAGCGUGGGGAGGGGUGCCUGACGGCCUCCCCCGCCCCUGUACAUAGUCUUCAUGUCUCUCUGGACCCCUUGCCCUGCUGCAUGCCUGUUGGCUACUGGGCCCGUCCCAGCUGGCAGUGGAGACUGUAGUGUGUGUGUGUCUGUGUGCGUGUGUGUGUGUGUGUCUGUGUCUGUGUGUGACCAUGUUAUAUCUGUUCACGUGUCUGGGUAUAGUCAGUCUUGGUGACUACAUGAGCUAAACUCCACAUCUCUCUGUGUCUCGUUGAAAAGAAACCCAAAGGAGUGUUGUGUGGGCACGGGUCCCCGAGUCCAGGGGCGGAAGUCAGGGACGUGGCCACCAAUCCACCCUGCCUGGCCCUGCGCCCGCGGCAAAGCCCACGUGUCCCUGUCCAGGCUGCCUCUUGGUGGUCCCUGCUUAGUUUCCUGUCUCGUCCUUUGUCCCACCUGUGCUUCUCCCAGCACCACUGCUCUUUUUCGAGGAAUGUAGCACCCACUGCAGCUGGUCACACUGAGGCCCCUCUGGGACGUGACACUCCCCUCCCCCCGCCAAGCACACUGACAGCUCUUCCCACCGAAUGCAUCUGCAGCAUGUAGCAUGCUCAUCUAGUGCCCUGGCCAGGGGCCGGGGGAGCAGAAGACGCCUGGGAAGCUGAGGGCUUGGACAUCGCCUCCUCCCUUUGGCUGGAGCCGCCUCCUCCUAUAAGCGAAACACUAGGAAGUCUUAGUUCCCAGGGUUGCUGGCCCGGCCCCUUAGAGGGAAGUGCUGGCACCUCCCUUAGCGUUGUUCUUCACCUCCUGUCUUCCUCUGAGCCUCCUCACUUCCAACAUGCCAAAGGAGCUCUCCCAGUGGGACCCCAGGAGGUGUGGAUUUGGAGGAUCUUGACAUCCCAGAGGCUGGCCUCAGAGGGGAUGUUAUCUGCCAAAGCAGAUAGUCCCUGGAGGCGCCUGUGUCCUCCCCAGGCCCUGAGGGUGGCUCUGUCCCCCUCUGGGCUUGUCCUGGUGGGGCCUGGCUUGUGGAGGAAGUGCUGAGGGUAGGGCUGUUUGCGGGAAUGAGGAGGGUUGGGGCUGACCUGCUCUGCGCCGCUGUUGGGAAUCCUGUCUGAUCUUUGGGGAUUAGCUGCAUGAGGUUGAUCAUUUGGGUCUCUCUUUGUUUGCUCAUUUCCAGACCAGGGUCCCUGUCUGGGAGCUCAGACUCACUCGGGCUCCAGCUUCCCGGCCCCAUGGACAGCCUGGCUCUGGACUCAGCUAGACUGCCACAGUCACCAGCUCUGUACAAGCAAUACUUUCCCCUCUCCGCCUCCCUGCCUCCUUGCGCUCCGCAGCUGCCCUCUGGAGAGUGGCCUGGCCUGCUCUCGGCCCCUCACAAGCCUCUGCUUUCUUUCUACCCUUGUCUGGUUGGAGCUUCCCAAAGCCACUCAAACCCUGACUUGAUUUGACAACUGGGCCCUGGGAGGGGGUGGGGGAUACAGCGGGGACCAGGGCCUGGCCUGGACCUGUGAGAUGUCUGCUAGGAAUGCCCAAAUCUGUCCUCUCCUCCUCAGGUCUGGGGCAAAAGGUGAGAGGUCGUCCACGGGGUGGACACAGAAGCCCUUGGGUCCGUGUCUGGUGGGGAGGGAAGAGGUGGCAGGAGGGGUCCAGGUAUGGAGAAGACCGUCCCUCUGCCUCUUCCCCAGACGUCGGCCCCGGGUGCUGCGAUGACUGUGACCCACAUGCUCAAGGUGGAGGCGGGGAGAGGUCUCGGGGCCUGAGUGCUUGGACUCCAUUGGUAACCAAAGCCGGACGGAUGGGUGUAGAGGGCAGGUGGAGGAGGAGGCUCUCUGGAGAUAAAGGCACCUCCGCCCAAAGGGCCUCCCUUUCUGGCAGGGACUCACAUCAGGUUGAAGCCAGAGCCUGGUAACCUCCCCCGACCCCCCAGGAAAACCCACAGACGUGGGUAAGGGCGUAAGAAAUAAACCAAAUGGGCUCCUGGCUUAUGAUCAAGACGAGGACCGUUGCGGGUGUAGGACGAGGGAGGCGGCAGCUGGGUCAGAGUUUUCUCUUUAGGCAGAAAUUCUCUCCCGUCGUCGGGAGGGGGCAAUGCACGCGUUUCUCGUGUUUUCUAAAAAUAAGGCAAAGGGCUCUGUCGUCUUUGACCCUAGGGUGGGGAGAGGGAGGAACCUCGCUCCCAGAAGGGUGUUUUGUGUCCUGCGAUGUGUUCGCCGCUGGAGCAGUCGCCCUCAGGUCGGCGUGCACACACUCUGCACCUUUGGGUGGGGUGAGCGGGGAACUCCUCGGACAGCGUGGACAUUGGCUGACGUAGUGCUGAGAGGUGCUCCCCACCCCAUGCGGUCGUCCCCAGGGAAUGGGGGGGUAUCAGUGAGUGGUAUCACCCUCAUUCCUCUCGGGGUCCGGGAGGUUGGGGGGGCUGCCGGCAGAGAGCCUGGGGCCCCCUUGCCUCUGGGGCAGGUUAGUUAGCAUCGUGGAAGUUCUAGCCGGAGCUCGGGCCUGACGUGUUGGUACCUCGUGCUGGCUGCCCACACGCCCUAGCUGCCAAGCCGCCCCAGCUGGGCCGCUCGCCAUCCCACUUCUCCAGGGGGAUGGCAUUCUCCCCACCUUAGGGCACAUUCUCCUUCACUAACCCUUUGCACCAGUGACGAAUCCCCACCUGAUCUUCCCCCCAUGGUGGUGAGGCUGACACGUGUGUGAUGGUGAAUGGCUGGGUUCCAGGGUCUGUUUCUCGUCCUCCUCGAUCCAGGGGCCAGCCUGUCCCAGGAGAGGAGGGAGCACAGGGUGCUCCUGGCCUUCCCUGGGGGAGGGGGUGUGUGGAGGGAGCACCUUCAAAGAGGGGAUGGUGGGGAAGGCGGGAACGCGAUCUCCCCUGGAGUGCUCCCUGGCCUGGGGCUGAGGCGCUGCCGGGGUCCGGGGUCCGGUGUCCCCGGCUCUGAAGGCCUCCUUCCCCAGGUGAGACCCAGAGCGGGCAGAGGAUGGGGCUCUUUGUCACUCCCCGGCCUCUGCUCCGGCGGGGUUCGCGGAGGUUCUCGGAGAUGGGGGUGGCCCUGCAGCCCCGCCGGGCUGCUGGGCUGUGGGCAGGAACCGUGAUGGAUGAUUCAGAGCAUCUGUCUUCACGUUCCUGCCCUGCUCAACGUGUCCCACUUCUUCAGAGACUCCUUCCCCUCGGGGACGUCUGAGGGCCCCUGGUAUGAAUCAGGCUCCAGUAAAUGGGGCCACGUCUGGGUUUGCCAAGGGGGAUUUGAUCCUCCGGGGAAGGACCAGCUCCAGAACGACUCCCCAUCCCGUCUCUCCCACCUCCCAGUUCUCCCAGGAAAGGAGCGGAGGGCUUCGGAGGCUCUCUCAGGCACGCCAGCAUUCCCGGGGGUGAGGCGGCCCCAGGAGCCCUAGAGACAGGGCCCCGUGGAGCUUGGGGCUCGCGGGGGGUCUCCCAGGGGCGUGACACCCACCAGGGCAAGCAUGCCUGAGCUCUUCUUUACUGCCAGCCUUGAGGAGACCAGGCCCCUCUCCCCACCCCCUUAGAGACCAUAGAGACCUCCAAGGGUACGUCUUUGGAAAUGAAAUGUAGCACAAUCUUCGACUGCGUUACCAGGAACCCUGACCCGCACCCAGGGUUCUCGCUCCACGCCCUGCUGCCCGGGAGACGCCGAGCUCCUCCCCCGGGGGCACCAGGGCUCCCCAUGCCUCCGAUCCCCUAUCUUCCUCGGCCCGGAAAGCAGCAGAGCUUCAGGAAGGCUGCUCUUCUGUCUCUGAUUGCUUCCUGCACUGUGCAAACUCUGUGCAAGAAACGGCUGCCUUUGCUUGACGAUGUAGACGAGUCAUCCUCCCCCUGGGUGGAGAGAGGGAGGGCGCACUGCCCAGGCCUGGGGGUCCAGGCGAUGGAGCGGAAGAGGCCUGCCCUCCUGCCGGCGCCUCCCUGGACUGUGCUCCUCUCCUCCUGAGCCUGAUGCGGAAAGAGGCUCCCGACCAUGCUGCUUCCUCCACCGGAUUCGCUUCCACCCACCGGAGAGGGAGGAGAUGGGCCUGCAGACUCUCCCCCGCCUGCCUCCUCGAGUCUGCUUUUCACUCAGGUCAGAAGAGGAUGGGGGCAGGACCCAACACUCAAGACUAAGGGCAGGGGAGCCCCGCCCAAUCAGGUGAGGCCCGGUGGGCUGGGAGAGGGUGAUUUUGAGAGUGCCUGAGCAUCUCAGAGCGAUGUCGGUGAUGCCAAAGAGAGCAACUUGGUCUCCCCGCUGGGCCUUGGCCUGCCUGAUGGGGGGACCCAGUUCUCUGACAAAGGGCUUAAUCUUUCCAUGUAGCAAAGCAACUCCUUCUCCCCCCACCCCUGAGCUCGGGCUUUCCUGGGCCCAGCAUGGCUGUGCCUGUGAGGAAAACCACUCCAGUAAGAGAAACCGAAUUCUUUCAAGGGCCUAAGACUAGCUUGGGGCGGGUGCUUGUUGAAAAGGGCGUCACCGCUUUGGGGAAACCUUCCCGGGCUCCAGUUGGAAGCACCUGGGGCCUUGCGCGCCCCCUCCCCCAGGGGGGUUCACCCCCAUGUCAGGGAAGGGUCCCCUGGGACUGGGCUCCAGAUGCGGGCCCGGGAAUCCAGGGGCAGCAGAGCACCCGCCCCACGGGGUCGAUGGCCCGGACAGCUGGCUACAGGGAUUCCAAGGCUGUUCUGUACAGUUCGAUCCCAAACUGUGACCUUGUCCAAGACUCCUCACUUGUCUAGGCCUCAGCUUCCUCAUCUGCAAGAUCAGAGCAUUUGCUAGUUGCUCCGUGGUUCCCUCUGGGUUUUAAAAAUCUGAUCUGGAGCUGAGGAGGGUUUCCAGCCUGGUGCGCCCGGGCCGGUUCCUUCCAGCCCCCGGUGCCCCAACUGGGUGCAGGUCCUUCUCCAUCCACGCCCAGAAGCUGCUUCGGACAAGAACUCGGGGAAUCCUAACAGACUCUGCUUCCACCUCCUUGUGGUUUGUUGUCCCUCUUCUUGUGUAACGACGAGAAAUACUUAAGAGUUGUCUACAACGGACACUUUUCAAGGUGCUGAUGUGACGUCACCACCUCAGCCGCCUCCUGCGUAGGUCAGUACCCCCACCAGCAGAUGAGACUGGGCCAGUCCUCACUUCUGCUUCUAGAACGUCGUCGGUGGGCAAGUUGAACACCUGAGAAUGUUCGAGGCAUUGCUCUCUGGUGGAAGGAGAGAGGGCACUUAUUUCCCAUCAGCGUAGUUUGCUUCUUAAGACCACCCCUCUCUCCAGGAUCUCUCGCCAGACAUCACCUCAGCAGGCAGAGUGGCUGCUUCCUUAGGAAAAGUUGGCCUGAUUAUUCCAUCCACUCCUUUAGAAUGUAAAUUCACAGGAGGCAGGAACCCCUUUUUUAGAAUUUCCAAAUGCAUCCUGCAAAGAAAGAGAUAAGCUGAUAGGGCCUGACAAGCACACUGUUUAGAUAAGAAGCAAUUAGCCUUUUAUAUCUGUGCUCUAUACAUUUUCUAUGUGCAGCAUCUUUCCAAACUUGCUGUGGCUCCUAGGUGGCAGGUGGACGGCUGGGGAGGACUGCCGGCUGUUUCGUACAACAUUCUUGCCAAUUCCCUUGAGAAGAAAAUUCUUUCACAUGGCUUCUGCAUGUACAAUAUUUGGGCAGCAAAAAAAAAAAAAAAAAGAUUAAAGUCAGUUUGAAAAUGG